GGGCAGCCUGUGGAGAAGGGGAGUGACACGAUCCUGGCGUCCACCUUCUCCACGUCUGGAAGCUAUUUUGCUUUAACUGAUGACAGUAAGCGUCUGAUUCUUUUCCGUACAAAACCAUGGCAGUGUCUGAGUGUCAGACCCAACCCCCGAGCCCACUCUGCAGAGCCAGGCUGCGUGCCAGAACCAUUGCCGGGCGGAAGGGAGCCUGAGCAGCCCAGAGCCCCCGUCUGGCGUGAGACAAAGGGCCACAGUGUGGAGCCGAGUGGAAACUCGGUGCCACAGGGGGUGUGGGAAAGGGGACAUUGGAUUCCCCCGCGCUGGGCGAGGUCCUUGGAAGCCAAGCGCAGCACUCUGGGAGGACUGUCUCAGCUGCUGCUCCGGAGAGCUGUGGCCAGGCUGUCACAGCCGCUGAAUUAGCCCACUGGAGCCAGCAGAGGCCGCUGUCGGAGCCACAGAACCGGGAGGGGUUUGACGGAUCUUGCCCCGGGCCUGACUGACUGUCUCUGUUUCAUCAUUUUUCUCACCAUGUUUACGUAUCGUGUCUCCUCCUGCGAUCCUCCGGCCUUUUCUGUCCGUUUGUCCCUCUGGCCCUGAGAAGCACAGGGUCCUGUCUGGAUGCGUGCUGGGAAAUCAUUUCUUUAGGCUUCAGUGGCCAUUUCAAGGUAGCGUCUGGAACAGUGCGUGCCGGCCAGCUGGCGCCACCCCAGACGCAUGGCUGACAGAUCGGUCGCAGGAUCUCGCGCCGGCCCGUGUCAACCCGUGUCCCCCAGCCUUGGGCGUCUCUCUGGCCUCCCAGGACCGUGGUGAGGAGGUGCACGGCCCUGACGUUCACAACUUCUGAGGAGAAGGUUCUGGUGGCGGACAAGUCUGGGGACGUUUACUCCUUUUCAGUGCUGGAGCCACACGAAUGCGGCAGACUUGAACUUGGGCACCUGUCGAUGCUACUGGAUGUGGCCGUGAGCCCCGAUGACCGCUACGUCCUCACCGCUGACCGGGACGAGAAGAUCCGGGUGAGCUGGGCCUUGGCGCCGCACAACAUCGAAGCCUUCUGCCUGGGGCACACCGAGUUCGUGAGCCGCAUCUUUGUGGUGCCCAACCACCCGGAGCUGCUGCUGUCCUCAUCCGGGGACUGCACCCUGAGGCUCUGGGAGUACAGGCGAGGGCGCGAGCUGCACUGCUGUCACCUGGCCAGCCCGCAGGAGCCAGCGGGCCCCUGGAGCGACAAGAGGUUCGCCGUGUCCAGGAUCACUUACUGGAGCCGGGACAGCUGGGUGGCCCUGCUGUGUGACUGCCUCCCCGUGGUCUGUAUCUUCCGGCUGGACGCCCCCGGUCGGCAGCUGGUCUGCAGGCAGCAGCUGUCUUUCCAGCACCGAGUGUGGGACGUGGCUUUCGAGGAGAGCCAGGGGCUGUGGGUGCUGCAGGACUGCCAGGAAGCCCCGCUCGUGCUCUGCAGGCCUGUGGACGGCCGGUGGCAGACUGUGCCUGAGACGGCCGCGGUGCAGAGGGUCAGUGCUCACCUUCACAGGAACUGGGCCAUGCUGGAAGGCUCUGCCGGCGUGAACGAUGGCUUCAGCAGUCUGUACAAGGCCACCUUUGACAACAUGGCCACUUACCUGCAGAAGAAGCAGGAGAGGCUGCAGCAGCAGCUGCGGAAGAAGCGACACAAGAACCCGCCCCCUGGGCCCAACAGGCAGACCAAGAGGGCAAAGUCCGGGGAGGCGUCCUGGAGCGGCUAGUCCUGCUCCUGGCGCGGCUCAUUCUGGCUCGUCCUGGCUCGUCGUGGCUCUGGCGCGGCUGGUCCCAGCCCCCAUGCAGCUCGUCCCAGCCCUGGCGCAGCUCGUCCCAGCCCUGGCGAGGCUCGUCCCAGCCCUGGUGCGGCUCGUCCCAGCCCUGGCGAGGCUCGUCCCAGCCCUGGCGCGGCUCCUCCUAGUCCUGGCGCGGCUCCUCCUAGUCCUGGCGCGGGUCGUCCUUGCCCUGGCGCGGGUCGUCCCAGUUCUGGUGCGGCUCGUCCCAGCCCUGGUGCGGCUCAUCCUUGCCCUGGCGCGGGUCGUCCUAGUCCUGGCGCGGCUCGUCCUAGCCCUGGCGCAAGUCAUCCUAGUCCUGGUGCGGCUCGUCCUAGCCCUGGUGCGGCUCAUCCCAGCCUCGGUGCGGCUCGUUUUUGCCCUGGCGUGGCUCGUCCUAGCCUUGGUGUGGCUUGUCCAAGCCCUGGUGCGGCUCAUCCCAGCCCCGACGUGUGUCACCCCAGGCCCUGCUCAGCUUGUCCUAGCCCUGGUGUGGCUCGUCCUAGCCCUGGUGCGGCUCGCCCAGCUCCGGAAGACAGGUUUUUCUCUCCCCCCUUGACGGCAGCUCCCAGGAAGGAAAACGGGGACGUCACUGCCCACUUACACUUGGUGAGGGCUAUGCAGCUCCGCAGACACUGGGGCUGUCCCAGUGAUGGGUGGUGUCCUGGGCUCCAGAGUGUCCUGUCGCUGACAGAGGCUCUGCUGAAGGUGCCCUUGCUGCCACUGGAAGGCCGCACCCUGUGCUGGCUCAGCUGGACACCUCCCCCCGCCCCAGCGGGCAGCGGGGAGCCCGGGAGCCCUUCGCCUUCACGCUGGGGGGAUGUGGGCCUGUGUCCGCAGCGCCUGUUGGUUCCUCUGCUCUGUUCCAUAGUGCCGCCCACGCUUGGCGCGCCCUCCCCCGGGGCACUCCACAAGCAAACGGUUUUACACCAGCACGAUGGGUGUUUUCCUUUUGUUCCUGUUGGCGGGUCCUUCCAGGCAGCGAACUGCACCGUCCACCCUGGUGGCCACUCGCCACGGUGGGCCAUCGCAGCCCAGGCAGCGUGACGGGCGCGGCCCUGGCCACGUGCUCCAUCCCCACGCAGCAAGGGGCUCCCGCUCGGCCGCAGGCGUGAGAGCUCGGCGGCCGUGCUGGCGGCGAAGCGGACUUGCCUCAAGACGCGCGGGCGCGGGAGCCAGGCCGGAGGCGCCGUCCACUGGGAGGUGGUUGCUGGCAUGUGUGCGUUGUUUUGACGGGAGCCGUGUGCACACGCCCCAGAGGACAGGGUGGCGGCUGGAUCCCAUCACCGGUCAGUGACGAUGAGAGCUGCUCGCAGCUUCUGGGAAUGUUCAGCAGCGACACGUGGAUCUAAUUUCAAAAUACAUUGAGUAAAACCGG